CGGUUGUGCACGUAAGAAUGCAGGCGGCCACCUUUUCGAUGUAGUUUCUUGCGCUUCUAAGGAAAACUGCUGAAGUCAUGAGGCUGCUCCGCUCAGAGCCCUCAUGUGAGUCAUAUGAAAGCUCCAGCAUUGCUGACCUCUGGCAAAAAGGGAGCGAACGAGGACAGGAGAAGCAGAGGGGAAGAGGUUCAAGUGCGGGUUUUCUCCUUGAACCUAGAAGAUUAUGGGUCAAGAGCUGUGUACAAAGACUCUCCAGCCUGGAUGCAGCUGCCAUCGCUGUUGGGAGGGAGGCGAUGCACACAGCUGUCAGAGGACUGCGCCUGUGCCGGCGGAGGCUGCGAUCCAGCUAACAGACCUAAAAGAAGCAUCAUGUUCCAUGACUUCAUUUCACCCCAGGGGACUUCAGGCGGUCCGUGCCCGGAAGUACAAGAGUAAAAGGCCACGGAGUAACAGUGAUUCUUUUCAGAAAGAGGAUCUGAGACAGGGUUUUCAGUGGAGGAAGAACCUCCCUUUUGGGGCAGCCUCAUCUUACUUGAACUUGGAGAAACUGGGUGAAGGUUCUUAUGCCACAGUUUACAAGGGGAUUAGCAGGAUAAAUGGACAACUAGUGGCUCUAAAAGUCAUUAGCAUGAAUGAAGAGGAAGGAGUCCCAUUUACAGCUAUUCGGGAAGCUUCUCUCCUGAAGGGUUUGAAACAUGCCAAUAUUGUGCUCCUGCACGACAUAAUCCAUACCAAAGAGACACUGACAUUUGUUUUUGAAUACAUGCACACAGACCUGGCCCAGUACAUGUCUCAGCACCCAGGAGGGCUUCAUCCUCACAAUGUCAGGCUUUUCAUGUUUCAACUUUUGCGGGGCCUGGCAUACAUCCACCACCAACACGUUCUUCACAGGGACCUGAAACCUCAGAACUUACUCAUCAGUCACCUGGGAGAGCUCAAACUGGCUGAUUUUGGUCUUGCUCGGGCAAAGUCUAUUCCCAGCCAGACAUACUCUUCAGAAGUUGUGACCCUCUGGUACCGCCCUCCUGAUGCCUUGCUGGGAGCCACUGAAUAUUCCUCUGAACUGGACAUAUGGGGUGCAGGCUGCAUCUUUAUUGAAAUGUUCCAGGGCCAACCUUUGUUUCCUGGGGUUUCCAACAUCCUUGAACAACUGGAGAAGAUCUGGGAGGUGUUAGGAGUCCCUACAGAGGAUACCUGGCCUGGAGUUUCCAAGCUACCUAACUACAAUCCAGAAUGGUUCUCACUUCCUAAGCCUCAAAGUCUUCAGAACAUCUGGAACAGGUUGGGCAGGGUUCCUGAAGCUGAAGAUCUGGCUUCCCAAAUGCUGAAAGGCUUUCCUAGAGACCGAGUUUCCGCCCAGGAAGCACUGGUUCAUGACUAUUUCAGUGCCCUGCCUUCUCAGCUGCACCAGCUUCCUGAUGAGGAGUCUUUGUUUACAGUUUCAGGAGUGAGGCUAAAGCCAGAAAUGUGUGACCUUUUGGUCUCCUACCGGAAAGGUCACCUCCCAACCCAGUUUAGCAAAUGCUGGUGAAAGAGAGGGCGACAUCACCAAUAUCCUUUCAGGGCCACAUUACUACUGUUUCAGUUUUAAUUUGCUUUGCCUUACUAAGAAGCUUCAAACCUAACUCCACCAUGGACCUGGGUUUUCAUACCAUCACCUGUGAUCUGGAAUAUUGUAAAUAUGAUGUCCAAGGCAACAGACAUGAUACUUGAAGAAAAAGCAAUGAAUGGUUAUUGCUCUUGUCAUACACCCAGAAUUUAGCAGUGAUUAGCUCAAAAAUUAGACACAGACUUAAAGAGUCUAAGAAGAGGAUUUAUGAAUAAUUUCAUCUGUUUUGUUAUUUGAUAAAGAGAUCCCUAGGCCAGAAGGACUACAGGACAGAUGAAAGGCUAACAAUUAAAAGAAUCUGGAGACUGAGCGGGUGCUUACAGAGGCCUGUCCCUCCUGCGUUCACUUACAAUUUCCCCCCAACAAAAAGACUUCUGUGGCAAGGAGAGGAUUAGUCUAAAGUUUAGAAAAGUCUCAUAGAAGAUGGUUUCUCGGAUAAAGUUGUCAACAAAAGGACUGGCUUAAGACUCUUUGUUAAGAUUUCUUAGGGGGUGCUUCUUUCUUCAUUAUCUGGAUUAUCAAAACACACUACUACCCCACUCCAGCUAGAUUUUAGAAGUUUGGAUUGAGCUCCCAGUUAGAUUAAAAUUUUUGGCUAUCUCCUUCUACUCAAUCUCAGUUAUCAGUGAUGAUAGCAAAAGCAAUGAGGAACCUAAGCUCUGAUUUGAUGAUGGAAAUACUGAAUAGUAGGAACAAAGAGUUCCAAAGAUGUAAUUCAAGCCCUGUUACACCAUCAGACACACACACACAUGUGCUCACACACACAACCCCCAAAUAAAAUGAGAGAUCUGUCUCAGCUAACACAUGUAUCAUUUUCUUUAAUGACUCCUUCUAAAAGAAGCCAGGGAAACUCAAAUUACUUCAUCUAGGGAUCAUCUACUCAGGAAACAUAGUAGCCUAGAAAUCAGAGACUUCUAUGUAUCCUUUAGAAGAACAAGGAAGAACUAAUGACGAAAGAAUUAAAAAAUAGUACCUAUAGACCCAAAGUCUUCCCAAAGAUGGGAAAAGGAAAAAUGCAUACAAAUAACCCAAAGAAAUCUACCUUAGUAAGUAUUGGAUUUUCGUGAGGUGUUUGACAAAACCUCUCCAAACAUACCUGAGAUGAAACUGUGUGGGCUGGAUUAUGGGACAGAUAUAUGUGCUCAAUGAGUGGUGGUUUUUCAACCUAGAGAAAAGCUAAUAGUGGUAUGGUACAAGGUACAGUCUUAAGUCCCAUCCUGGCCAAAUAUUUGUAUUAAUCACCUGAAUAAAAUCAGAGAAGGUCCACAAUUUAUUCAUAUAAUCAUUGAAGUAAGUAGUUAUAAUUAAUGUAUUACUUCCAUUUUACCAAAGAGGAAAUUAAAACUCAAAGAAGUUAAAUAACCCAUCCAUGGAGUAUACCAGAGCUAAGCUACAAACCUCAGGUCUGGGUGUCUCCAGUGUGUAUGAUCUUUCCAGUAAUCACAUACCUAUCAGAUCUGGAGAAUACACAGUUCUUGAAGAAGCACCUGGUAUUUACCACUGGAUCAUAAUUCAAAAGACUAAGCCCUUGCUAAAAGCUAAUGUGUAUGUACCACUAUAUACCUAUUAGAAUGGCCAAGUUCCAGAACACUGACAACACCAAAUGCUAGCAGGGAUGUGGAACAACAGAGGAACUCUUGCUCGUUGCUGGUAAAAAUGCAAAAUAGUACUUUGGAAGACAGUUGGGCAGUUUUUUACAAGCCUAAACAUACUCUCUUACCUAUGAUCCAGCCACCGUGCUCCUAGGCAUUUACACAAUGGAGCUGAAAACUUAUGUCCACACAAAAAUCUACACAUAGGUGUUCAUUCAUAAUCAUCAAAACUUGGGCACAACCAAGAUGUCCUCCAGUGAGUGAGUGGAUAAAUAAACUGUGGUAUAUCCAGACAACAGACAAUUAUUCAGAACUUAAAAAAAAUGAACUAGCAAGCCAUGAAAAGACAUGAAGGAGCCUUAAGUGAAUAUUACUAAGACAAAGAAACCAAUUGAAAAGACUGCAUACUGUAUGAUUACAACUAUAUGACAUUCUGGAAAAGGUAAAACUAUAAAGACAGUAAAAACAUCACUGGUUGCCAGGAGUUAGGAGGGAGGGAUGAAUAGACAGGGUACAGAGGAAUUUUAAGGCUGUAUAAAUAAGUAUGAUGCUAUAAUGGUGGAGAUGUGCCAUUAUAAAUCUGUCCAAACCUAUAGAAUGUACAAGACCAAGAAUGAAUCCUAAUGUAAACUUAUGGGCUUUGGAUGAUAAUGAUGUGUUGGUAUAGGUUCAUCAAUUAUAACAAAUGUACCAUUCUGAUAGGGGGAGGCUAUGCAUGUGGGUGGGGAGGGGGCAAGAGUUAUUUGGAAAGUCUCUGUAACUUCUGCUGAACAUUGCUAUGAAUGCUAAUAUUGCUCUAAAAAGUUACGUCUAUUAAAAUCAAACAGAUUGCCUGAGUGGUUCAGUCAGUUAAGCAUCUGACUCUUGGUAUCAACUCAACUUCUGAUCUCAUGGUCAUGGGAUCAAGCCCCACAUCAGGCUCUGCGCUGACAGCAUGAAGCCUCCUUGGGAUUCUCUCUCUCUCUCCCUCCCGCCCCCCUCUAUGCCCCUCCCCCACUCUGUCUCUAUGCCUCUCCCCCACUCAUGCACACAGGCAUGCACUCUGUCUCAAAAUAAAUAAAUAAACAUUUAAAAACAAACUAACAAAAACCCCUAAAGAGCUAUUGGGCAACAAAGCAAUAUAACAUUUAUUCCUAUAAAAUUUUAUCUGAUUUCAUUUCUUGCACUUUAGACUUAAAAUGUCAGCAAGUUAAGUAAAACCGUGACUUAGUGGAAGUUGGCAUUUUUAAGUACAAUGUGUCUGGCUGUCCAGGAAAGAUAAUGCCAAUACUUUUAGGUGAUAUAAAUGAAAGAAUAAUAAGAUGGUGUCCCAGAGAAGGGAAAUAGUUUUCUCUCCACUGAUCAGGUCACAUCUAAAUUAUCGUUUAUCUGUAUCCAUCACACUUUAAAAGAAACAUCAUAUUGAAGUAAAUAUUUAUUGUGUAUCUAUUAGCUUACAAAUCUAAUUCUGUUCAGUCCUCUCCACAAGACUAAGAGGUAAGUGUAGUUAUUUUACAGAGAAGAACACAGAACCAAAUUUAAGUAGAUUUGAUGCUCAGACUCUCUGUCCCCAAAGUCUGUACUUUCCCUACCCCAAAAUGCAACUCUGUACAGCAAGCUCCAAGGAUGGCUACUAGGGGACUAGAGGGUGUGGAGGCCAAGGCACAAAGAGGAAUAGUCCAAAAAGAGAAAACCCAGGGGGCAGAGAAACUCCCUCCAGAGGAUUGAGAGUUCUCAUAAAGAGGCUAGCCCUCUACUGGGUGGCUGUGGAGCCAAGACAAAUACAUUGAAAACUCAGAGAUCCUACUUUUGAUACAGCAAGAAGAGUCCUUGAACAAUUUCACUUGCCUACUACCAAUGGAAUGAGUUCCCACAACAGUAAGGGGCUUCCUCUGCACCCCCAGAAGACAUAGAAAGCUAUAGGACAGAUCCCCAUAUUGUGGUUUAGAAUAACUGACCUCUAAGGUCCCAUCCAAUCCCAAGAUUAUUAAGGACUUUUGAACAGCUGUGGAAUACUAUACGUCGAAUUAUAGUGAGAUCUUAUUGUUGCAAGAACAGGUAGACUUUUGAUUUUUUUUAAAGAUGUUUUUAAAGAAGUAAUUGAUAAAAUUAUGCUCUUUAAUUAUAAUGGAAAAUAAAUCAUGCUUGUGCUUUAUUCUUUUUCUCCUUUAAUUAGUGGAUCUGAGGCACCUGGGUGGCUCAGUUGGUUGAGCACCCAACUCUUGAUUUCAGCUCAGGUCAUGAUUUUACAGUUUGUGGGAUCAAGCCCCACAUCAGGCUUACAUUUCACUGACAGUGCAGACCCUGCUUGGAAUCUCUCCCUCUCUCUCUGCCCCUCUCUUGCUCUCUCUCUCUCAAAAUAAAUAAACUUAAAACAUUGGUGGAUCUGCCUAUUCAAAAGCUUAAUAAAAAUUAUAUAUAAAACACAAAAACAUCAUUAUAGGCUUCCUCCCUUAUUUUGUAAAAGGAGCAUUCCUGGUGCUUAUACAUAUUUUUUCCCAUGUUUUUGUUGAUUCUUUUGUAUAGACAUACACUUGACCUUUGAAACAUAAUUUAUAAUGCAAUUUGAUAUAUCAUUUUAAUGAUGCUUACUUUCUCAGUCACUAAUACUACUCACCUAAUAUUUCUGUCUCCCAGGCUCCAUAAUUGGAUGGCACUCCCUGGUCCUCUGGUAAGUAGAUAAGUCUGUAUGAUUAGUGCUGGCCAGUGAAUUGUGAGUGGAAGUAAUAUAUGUCACUUCUGAGCCAAGCAUUCAUUUGAUUGCCAGUGCAAUACUCUCUAGAUCUCUUUUUAUUUUUGCCUUCUGUUACAGUGACUAGCAGCAUUCAGGGUGGUCCUAAAAUGAGGAGAUGUAGAACAGAGUCCCCAGAUGACAUGUGAUGAAUAUAUAAUGAGAAAGACAAAUAAAGCUUUGUUUCCAGCCACUAAUAUUUGGGAAUAAUUUGUUAUUGUGGUAUUACCUAACCUAUCCUGGCUAGUACUGAGUCACUGUCCAACAUGGUAGUUACUAGCUAUACGUGACUAUUUAUGUAUAAAUUUAAAUUUAAUUAAGUCAAUUCAGUCCCUCAGUGACACUAAUCACAUUUCAAGAGGUCAAGAGC